GCACCACCACCAACGGCACCAUUCGUCCAGCCACACGACUCCUCGUCGUUCGUUGUACUCMCUGCUCCUUUUUCAAGUAGAUACAAACUACUGCGGCACCAAAGUAUAGAUUCUGUCCUCCUCAAUACCCCGCUCUUGCGCCCAUAUCUGCGCAUUCUUGAUGGGUUGGUCGAGCCCCAAGUUUAUGCUCAUCGCUAGUCCCGCACCAACCACUAUCUCCGCAACCCAAAUCGCUGCUUCCGGGGCUAUUUGCACAACAGCCGUUGCCUCUGUUGCCAUGGCCACAAGUUCCUUCGAUAGGUCUAGUGCACGGUGCCGUGUAAUAGACAAAAGAUUGGCAAUAUAACGUCUUGAAACCUGGAAAGCAUGUUGACUCAAAAUAUGGCUUAUAACCCGAUGGACAUUUUGCAUUUCUUUUACAAAGAACGUAAACUAUGUCACCACCAUGCAUUUGGCAUCCAUGAUUUGGCCAAUCUCCCGUGGGUACGCCUCUCAUGGGAUGGCAUUCCUUUUUUUCUCCGGUCUCAAGUCGGCACUCCAUAUAUUUACCCGGACAGUCGCUAUCUCUAACACAUUCGGCCACACACAAGCCUCCAUCACAUUUUUCUUUCCCCGGGCAGUCACCAUCCCUAAGGCAAAAAAAUUGAAGUUUACUCAAGUUCUCAGGAUCGCACGCGCGAAUGGAAGGAUCUAUUUGUUGGAGUUUAGCCAAACAAUAUGCUACCAACCCUUCUUGGCACUCAUCUUUCCGAUCAGGAAUGUAUUUACAAAUAGGGCUCAGGACCUUUGUGAUGACGGUUGCCGUCUCAUAAACAUUAUUGGGAUCACCUAGCGACAUUUCUUCACGAAUUAAGUUCAUAGCUUUAAUUUUUUUUCCAAUUUCUUCUUUCCAGCCACCAGAAGUAUCUUGCCCGAACCCAAAAAUAGUUGGAAUGCCAGCAGACACAGAGGUUUCGAAUUUACGGUCAUCUGUUUCAAGUUUUUCCAUUUCGCUUGUAGUGAAUGUGAAAACAGUCCUCACCCAUGCACCUGCUGUACCUCCUACGAUUAAGUGGGUACCAUAAUUCCUGAAAAAGGUAUUCCAAUCCAUCGGAAUCACACUCAAGGCCCUUUUAGCACCUGGUGUCAAUUUGAGUUCAGCGGUGUCUCUCAUUCUAAAUUCGUAUGCAAGCAUAAAAGAUUUCGAUGUUGUAGUGAUUACAGAAGUCUUUGCCCUAGAGGCAACGUUAAGCUUUGUUUCCAUUCCAAGACCAGCUGCGACGUUGAUUCCAUUGAUGAACCCUCCGCCUAUCAUUUUGACUGCCGCACUCUGUUCCCUAGAGAAACUCUCCGAAUUGGUAUGAGAACUUGUUGAUGUUGAAUUUGUCAAUAUGUACUUUGGAGUGACUAUGAACCCGAUGGGCCUGGAAACAUUUGUGCUUGUUGGAAAAGGAACGAAAUAAGAAGGGUCAUUACUCCAUUCAAGUUUAAAAAAUUGUUGCUUGUCGAAUGAACCAGGAUCUAUUGGGUCACCGCGUUCUGUAGAGAACUUGUUGUAUAAAGGAUCGGCGACGAAAAUGUCGUACCCCAUUUGUACCUCGUUUAUGCCUUUAACCUUAUCAAUAAAAUUGGAAACACAUU